AUGUAUAAUUACCCAGGUCAAGGCUACCCGUUGCAGCAGCAGCAAACUGGCUCUGCAAAUAACUACUACCAGCAGCAGCAACAGCAGCAGCAACAGCAGCAGCAACAACAGUCUUACCAAUCUGGCAUCCUUCCUCAAGCUACUGGAUACGUCCAACCUCAAGCAACUGGCUAUAUCCAACCCCAGGCCACAGGUUAUAUCCAACCACAAGCUACAGGAUAUGUUCAAUCCUAUGGCACUACUGUGGCCGCUACUCCUGCAGUUCCUCCGCUCCCCCAGAUUACCACCCAGUCUUUCCAAUUGACAGGCACUCCUGCCGUUGCUUCCUCUUCUUCUUCUUCUUCAACCCAGGCAUCUAACACUUCUUUCAAGAUCCCAAAUGUCAGACUUUCCUUCAUCACUGCUGAAGACCAAAGAAAUUUUGAAACUCUCUUCCGCUCAAAGAUUGGGCCUGGAGAACAAGCUCUUCCUGGCUCUGUUGCAAGAGACAUUUUGAUGCUUUCUAACUUGCCUGCUGAAAAACUAAGCAAUAUUUGGAUCCUUUCUGAUACCACAAAGUCCGGUCAAUUACUCUUUCCAGAGUUUGCUCUUGCAAUGUACCUCUGCUCAUUGGCCCUCAAGGGUAACCCUCUCCCUACAAAGCUCCCCGAUCACAUCAAAAACGAAGUCUCAAGCUUGGUCGACAUUAUUGCCUUUAGUACCCCUGAUGCUAAACCACCUCCUGCUCCAAGCAAUGUCCCCCAGUUUGGCUCUACCAUCACCCAGACCCAGCCCCUGCCCCAACAGCCAACUUCAAACUUGAACACCCUCAUGUCUCUUCAACAGGCCAUGCCAACCGGCCUCCAAGCCCAGCCAACUGGCGGCUUCAUGGCCCCCCAGGCAACAGGAUACACCUCGGCUCUCCAGGCUCAAACUACCGGCUAUGCUCCUGCCCUUACCGCACAAACAACCGGUUACACGCCUGCUCUCACAGCCCAAACAACUGGCUACUCAUCUGCCCUUACAGCCCAAACAACUGGCUACGCCCCUGCCCUUCAGGCACAAACUACCGGUUAUGCUCUUCAACCUCAAACUACUGGCUACACUCCUGCCCUUCAAGCCCAAACUACAGGCUAUACUCCUGCUCUACAGGCUCAAACUACAGGCUACACUCCUGCUCUCCAGGCUCAAACAACCGGUUAUUCCGCUCUUCAAGCUCAGGCUACUGGAUACCAGGUUGCUCCCUUGACUGCCAUGCCCACUGGUAGACCUGGCGAGUGGGGGUUCAUCAACACCCCCACUGGUGGCUUGCCUGGAAUGGAUGCCUUCCGCUCCAGAUUCAUGCCCCAACAGGGCGUCCAAAACUUUACUUCGUCUGAGCUCCAGGGCAAUGCCAAGGUCGAGUGGGCAAUUACCAAGGAAGAAAAGCGCAUUUACGAUGGUAUUUUCUCUGAAUGGGACAAGGAACGUAAAGGCUUCAUUACUGGUGAAAUGGGAAUUUCAAUCUUUAGCCAAAGUGGUCUAAACAGAGGCGAUCUCGAGGCCAUUUGGACCCUUUCGGAUCCUGGCAACAAGGGCAAACUUGACCGCGAUGAGUUUGCAGUGGCCAUGCACUUGAUUUACCGUCAUCUCAAUGGCUACCCCAUUCCUGCAAGACUCCCACCUGAGUUGAUUCCUCCUUCCUCGCAAAACUUUUCUGAUUCCGUUGACACCAUCAAGUCUUACCUUAAGCAGUCCUCUAAGCCAAACUCUGUGAGUUAUCUCAAGAGCCACUCCCUCAAGUCUUCGGCCCCGGCUUUCAAAAAGGAUGCCACUGUAUUUAAAAACAAUGACGAUGACUUUGGCUACGUAUCAAAGUCUCGUCACCGUUCCAAGCGCGAUGGCACUAACGAGGACUCUGAAAAACAUCUUUCUUCUGAAAAACUUUCCAUUGCUCAGCUUCGUAAGCUUGUUCAUGAAAAGCAAAUUAUUUUGGAUGCCAUUGAUGCAAAGGAUGAGGAGGAAUUCGAUGCAGUCCAGGAUAUUCAAACGCGCGAUUUGAAGGUCAUUGAGGAGCUCAAGCACCGCAUUACUAAUAUUCAAAAGGAAAUCAACAACAACCCUGAUGCUCCUCUUCUUUCCGGUGACCCCCACGAGAGAAAGAAGGAGCUUUUGAGACAACUCAACAAGAAUGCCGAUGCUCUCCCUCAAAUCACAAAUGACGUGCGCAAGGUUGAAGAUGAAAUCGUUCGUCUUAAGCUUGAGCUCUUUAGACUCAAGGCUGAAAAGGAGCACCCGGGCUCCACCAUCAUUGGUACCGGCCCUAACGGUACCAUCACAGAAGCUGACCGCCGUAAGGCUCGUAACCGUGCCAUUAUGAAGGCCCGUCUGGCCGCCGUCACAGGCAAUGCAGCUGAUGCUGAGGGUGGCAACAAUUUCGAGGAGUUUGAAACCAAAUUUUUCCAGGAAAGCGAAAACAUUCGCAAGGAACGCGAAUCUAAUGAGAAGCUGUUUAGAGAUAUUGAGGACAGCACUGCCCAGAUUAAAAGAGACCUCGAGCUUUCUUUGCGCGAAACUAGAGAUGACAUCCACACUGACCGUGAGCGUCUUCGUUGGGAAGAGGCUAUUGGUGUGGAGGAUGAAGUUAAGGAUUUCAUUUACUCUUUGAGACGGUCUGCUAAUAAAACAGCAGCACCCUCAUCUUCCUUUGGAUCCUCUUUUGAGUCUUCAACUCCUGUUUCUUCAAGCUCGUUUUCUCCUUCAUCUUCUACCACCUCUCUCCCCGCUGGCUCAUCUUCUUCGCCAGCAAAUAACGCAAAGAGAUCUGCUUCGGAGCGUGCGGCAUAUAUCAAGGCCGAGGCUGAGCGUCGCAUGAAUGAAAAACUUGCUGCUUUAGGUAUCAGCAGACCAAACAAGGCCGCCUCUGCUUUCCAGGCCCCAACCACAUCUUCCCCUUCGCCUUCUCCAUCGCCUGCUCCUGUUGUGGCUCCAGCUGCUGCUCCAGCUCCUGAGAAGAAGGCUCCUCCACCACCCCCUCCUCAUACCAAGCCUGCAGCACCAGCAGCUUCUGCCUUUACACCUGCCCCAGCUCCACCUGCGGCCCCAACUCCUAGAUCAUUUGCCCCUACCCCUACCCCUGCCGCUCCUGCUCCUGCUCCUGCUGCCGCUGUAGACGAAUAUUCUUCUAGCGAUGAUGAUUUUGAUGACGAAGAGUUUAAGGAACUCCAGAGACUCAAGAAGCAGGAAGAGGAAAGACUGCGAAAGCUUGAAGAAGAGAAGAAGGCCCGCGAUGCCAAGAAGGCUGCAAAGGCUAACAAGAAGGCAGAGAGACUUGCCAGCCUCAAGGCCGAAAUGGAGGCCAUGAAGGAGCGCGAACGUAAACUCAUGGCUGACGCCUCGGACUCGGAUGAAGAAAAACCAGCAGCAGCAGCAGCAGCAGCAGCAGCUCGUGCUGCUCCUAUCGCUGUUGCCCACCCGGCCGCUGCUACAUUGUCUCCAAGCACCAUUGUUUCUACGGCCACUUCGACAACAACCCCGGAUACUUCUUCCUCUUCCUUGUCUGAGCAGACUGGCUCUGACCUUCACACCAGCAACCCAUUCUAUAGAAAUACCGCAGCACCUGCUGCUACUGCUACUACUGCUGCUGUUACGCCUGUGGCUUCUCACCAUGACAAUAAUCCUUUCUUCAAGCCCCAACAGCAACAACCCAACGCUCCCGAGCCUGUCCCUGCUGCACCUGUCGCUGCACCUGUCGCUGCUCCUACCGCUCCCGCUGCUCCUGCCGCUCCUCCUUUUAACCCUCGCUCCACCACCCCCAAGGCCCCUGAGCCAGGCAUUGACAAGGACAUUGCGGCCAGCCAACGUGCCAACCAACGCGGCCAGAGCGCUUAUGAUGAUGGCUGGGGCGCCGAAUCGUCUUCGGAGAGCUCCGAUGAUGAAGAUAGCUCUUCUGCCCGUGCUGGCCCGGACCCUUCUAAACUUGCAUCAAUGCUUUUCCGCAGCAUGGCUCCUCAGAGACCUCUUGGUGCUCAGCCUACUGGCCAGCAGUCUACCCCCACACCUCCUGCUCCUGCUCCUGUGGUCCCCGCCGUCCCUGAAGUUCCCGCCACUCCUGUGGUUCCUGUGGUGCCUACCGCUCCUGCCGCUCCUGUGGCGCCUGCUUUCCCUGAGGUUCCCGCAGUUCCUCAAGCUCCUGUUGCCCCCGUGGUCCCGGUUGCCCCCGUAGCUCCAGCUGCUCCUGAAAUCCCAGCAGUCAUUUCUGCUCCAACACAGAUUCCUCCUGCUCCUCCUGUGCAACCGUUCCCCACACAACCUGCCGCUGCUGCUCCCGUGCCCACAUUCUCGGAUUCCACUUAUGCUACCCCAGAGAGUUCUAAUACUCCAGAAUUUGAAGCCACACAGCCAGGUUUUGCGGCCCCUCCUCCUCCCACAAAUGCGGCCCCACCACCACCACCACCACCACCCCCCGCUGCAAUUCCGCCACCACCUCCAGUUGUAGCAGAAACCCAGCCCCAGUUCUCAGCUCCAGCUCCUCCACCACUCCCUGAAGCUGCCGCUCCACCACCACCUCCCCCCCCAAGCGGCAUCUUGCCACCACCACCUCCCCCAACCGACGUUGUUGCUGCUGCUGGUGGACCUCCUCCUCCUCCUCCACCUGCACCACCACCACCUCCUCCAGGUGCCCUGCUUGGUGAUAGCAGUGAUAAACCUUCAAUGCCUGAUUUUGCGGGAAGCGGGCUGCUGGAGGCCAUUCAGCGCGGCACCACGUUGCGCAAGGUCGCCAAUCAUCCCCAGUAA